UAGCCAGAGACUAUCACAAGUAUUUUUCAGCAGGACUGUCACUGCCCCUGAACAGGGAAUCAUAUUACUGCAAGAACUUUGCUGAAACAAAGAAGAUAAAUUGGACAAAUGGGAAAUUAUAAAUCUAGACCAACCCAGACUUGCACGGAUGAAUGGAAGAAGAAAGUCAGUGAAUCCUAUGCCACAGUCACAGAGCGCUUGGAGGACGACCUGCAAAUCAAGGAAAAGGAGCUGGCAGAGUUAAAGCAUGUUUUCAGCUCUGAUGAAGCCUUCUGCAAAGUGAACCUGAAUUACCGCACGGAGAGCGGGCUCUCGCUGCUGCACCUGUGCUGCGUCUGUGGGGGCAACAAAUCCCACAUCAGAACCCUCAUGCUAAAAGGGCUGCGCCCGUCCAGACUAACGAGAAAUGGAUUUACAGCUCUGCACUUGGCAGCUUAUAAGGACAACGCAGAGCUGCUGACAGCGCUGCUGCACGGCGGGGCUGACAUCCAGCAGGUCGGGUACGGGGCGCUGACAGCGCUGCACGUCGCCGCCAUCGCCGGCCACCACAAGGCCGUGGACAUGCUGCUGCAGCACGGCGCCUACGUGAACGUGCAGGACGCCGUGUUCUUCACGCCGCUGCACAUCGCCGCCUACUACGGCCACGAGCAGGUAACCCACCUGUUACUGAAGUUUGGAGCCGAUGUGAAUGCGAGUGGUGAAGUUGGGGACAGACCUCUCCACCUGGCUGCUGCCAAAGGCUUUCUCAACAUCACAAAGCUUUUGAUGGAAGAGGGAAGCAAAGCUGAUGUGAAUGCUCAGGACAACGAAGAUCAUGUGCCUCUGCACUUCUGCUCUCGAUUUGGGCACCAUGAUAUUGUCAAGUUCUUACUGCAGAGCAGCUUCGAGGUGCAGCCCCACGUGGUGAACAUCUAUGGAGACACACCUCUACACCUUGCCUGCUACAAUGGGAAGUUUGAAGUUGUCAAGGAAAUAAUUCAGCUCUCAGGAACAGAAAGUCUCACUAAAGAAAAUAUAUUCAGUGAAACAGCUUUCCACAGCGCUUGCACCUAUGGAAAGAACAUAGAACUUGUCAAGUUUCUUCUUGACCAGAAUGUUGUAAGCAUCAAUCAUCAGGGGAGAGAUGGGCACACAGGAUUGCACUGUGCUUGCUACCAUGGCCACAUUCGCCUUGUGCAGUUCCUGCUGGAUAAUGGAGCUGAUAUGAAUCUUGUAGCUUGUGAUCCCAGCAGGUCCAGUGGAGAAAAGGAUGAGCAGACCUGUUUGAUGUGGGCUUAUGAGAAAGGUCAUGAUGCAAUUGUGACCCUCCUGAAGCAUUACAAGAGACCUCAGGAUGAAUCCCCCUGCAAUGAAUACUCCCAGCCUGGAGGAGACGGUUCCUACGUGUCAGUGCCAUCCCCCCUAGGGAAGAUUAAAAGCAUGACAAAAGAAAAGGCUGAUGUCCUCCUCCUCCGUGCUGGUUUGCCAUCACACUUCCACCUGCAGCUCUCUGAGAUAGAGUUCCAUGAGAUCAUCGGCUCAGGGUCUUUUGGAAAAGUCUAUAAGGGACGAUGUAGAAAUAAAAUUGUUGCAAUCAAACGCUACCGAGCCAACACCUACUGCUCCAAGUCUGAUGUGGACAUGUUCUGCCGCGAGGUUUCCAUCCUCUGCCGGCUGAACCACCCCUGUGUCAUCCAGUUCGUGGGAGCCUGCCUGGAUGACCCCAGCCAGUUUGCCAUUGUCACCCAGUACAUCUCGGGGGGAUCACUCUUCUCCCUGCUCCACGAGCAGAAGAGAAUUCUUGAUCUGCAGUCUAAACUAAUCAUUGCUGUAGAUGUGGCCAAAGGCAUGGAAUACCUCCACAAUCUCACACAGCCCAUCAUACAUCGGGAUCUGAACAGUCACAAUAUUCUCCUGUAUGAGGAUGGUCAUGCAGUAGUUGCUGAUUUUGGAGAAUCUCGAUUUCUACAAUCCCUGGAUGAAGACAACAUGACAAAACAACCUGGGAACCUGCGCUGGAUGGCCCCUGAGGUGUUCACCCAGUGCACAAGGUACACCAUCAAGGCCGAUGUCUUCAGCUACGCUCUGUGCCUCUGGGAGCUGUUAACGGGGGAAAUUCCCUUUGCUCACCUGAAACCAGCGGCAGCAGCAGCAGACAUGGCUUAUCACCAUAUCCGCCCCCCCAUCGGCUACUCCAUCCCCAAGCCCAUCUCUGCCUUGCUGAUAAGGGGCUGGAACGCCUGUCCUGAGGGGAGACCAGAGUUUUCAGAAGUUGUCACAAAGUUAGAGGAGUGUCUGUGCAAUAUUGAGUUAAUGUCUCCAGCCUCCAGCAACAGCAGCGGGUCCCUGUCUCCCUCGUCCUCCUCGGACUGCCUGGUGGCCCGGGGUGGGCCUGGCCGCAGCCACGUGGCCGCGCUGCGCACCCGCUUCGAGCUGGAGUACGCCGUGAACGCGCGGGCCUGCGCCGCCUGGGCACAGGGCAGUGGGCAGCCCCCUUCUCAGGGCCUGUCUCUGGAUGACAUGAGAAGGACCUUCCAGUACCCAGCCGUGGACAAGAACGGCUACGUGUCAGACCCCUUGAGCACCAUGAGGUUCCACUCCUGCAGCAGCAGCUUGGAGGACGGCAGCUGAGGGAGGGAGCGCCCGCCUGCCCCCGCCCGGCAUCACCGCGGAGCCCUGAGUGUCACGCUGCCAUCCCUGGGCUGAACAGCUUUGGUGUUGAUGACAAAUGUCCCUGUCCUGCAUUCUGCUUUUGCACUCCCUCAGCUGACCACCCCCUGCCCUGCAGCACCACCUCUGACCCUGGGGCAUUGAAAAAGAGAAGAGAAGCAGGGCAGCAGAAGUUGAACUCUUCCUCUAGAAGCAAUUACAGAGUUAAUCACGCUGAUAUUUUCUGGGGUCUUUUUUUCAAAGUAACAAAAGUUAUCUGCAAUACUGUCCUGUGUGGCCAAGGCAGAGCUGCCUUCCUGGCUGAGCAGGAAUCAGUAUUUCCCAUUGAUGGCAGGGUUCUGUGAUGUUACUGAGGAUUUUGUUUCUCUGCAGCCAUGAUCCCUGAAGCAGGUCUGCAAAGAGGCCUCAAGCAGUGUGACAGACAUGAGCUAUGACUGCAUGGUGGGCUCGGACAAUGGCACACCUGCCAUUACUUCAGUAGUGCUGAAGCAAUAAAAAUGGGGAACAUUUCAGUAAGUAAA